AUGGAGUUAAACCAAAGCCUCCUGUUUCUCCAAUGUCUUUUUAUUUCUAUUUCAGUCUGUGGAGACAGACCCCUAGUGAAGGAUUUCCGUGGCUCCCGCGUGGUUGGGGGAAAGGAUGCGGAGCCCGGUGAAUGGCCCUGGACAGUGAGCAUCCAGGAGGACAGCGAUGUUGGAUAUUUCCAUCUAUGCGGAGGGGUCGUCCUGAAUGCUUUGUGGGUUCUGACAGCUGCCCACUGCUUUAAGGAUCGCGGCAAUGAAUAUCUUUCAUGGAGACUUGUGUUUGGCGCCAACCAACUAUCACAGAUCGGGACAAAGGCUCAGAUCCGGACCAUUAAAGAAAAGAUUCAGCAUAAGAACUACAAUCCUGAAACAGAGAGCAAUGACAUCGCCCUGCUUAAGCUGACCAAGCCCAUCGUAUUUGAUGAUUACACUCAGCCAGCGCGUCUCCCUCCCAAAAAAGCCAUUCUGAGGAAAAUGGACGACUGCUUCAUCGCAGGAUGGGGUGUCCUCGAAGAAGAAUCCACCGAAUCGUUGGACGUCCUCCAGGAGGCUCCUGUGAAUCUGAUUCCGCUGAAACGCUGCAACCGCCGGACCUGGUAUAACGGAGCUUUGGGUGACUACAACCUCUGUGCAGGACAUGAACAGGAAGGUAUCGACCGCUGCCAGGGUGACAGUGGAGGGCCUCUGAUGUGCAAAAGACACAAAGCCAAGUUUUAUACUGUGGUCGGCAUCACCAGCUGGGGCUUCGGCUGUGCCCAGAGGCAAACUCCUGGAGUUUACACCUCGACCCAGUUCUACCUCGAGUGGAUCUCUGAACACAUCAGCGAGGGCAAGAAACCUGCAUCCAACUCUCUGAAGAUGAAGGCCAAUACUAGCUGA